AUGAACAGCCCAUUCUCUCCAAAUAAAGACCAUUCGUAUGAGUUCGAAUACCAUCAGCCAUAUAUCUUCUAUAUCUCAUUACUUAGAGUUCAAACAUAUUAUUCUUGAGUUGUCAUUUUGGAUAUUUUUCACCAUACAAAAAAUUUGCCAAAAAUGGAAACGUAGAGUACAGAUGUUUUACGUCCAUAACAUUCAAUUAAAUAGCGGGUAAUACAUAUUAUACCUCAAACAAAAGAGCUGAACUUAAUUUUAGCUGACCACAACCAAAAUUGAGAAAUUUCGUAAUUUUUUCUUAAGUAUGAGUAAAAUCGAAUAAAUUGACCUUACAAAAAUUCCAACUCCACAAUCGUAAUUCAAAUUAAAACAAAACGAAAUUAGUGGAUUUUUAAAUUCUGUAUUCUGAUAUAUCUAGAACUUUUUUAUGUUCAGGUGUUCAAAAUUGAGAAGUAAUUUUUCAAUAAUAGUAAUCGUUUUAAAACUUUAUGAUGUCCCGAAAUUAUUAUACAUAGUAUUUUAGGGGUCUAAUGAACAGAAUCAGCUAUAAUAGAAGUUGUCGGACGAGGUCUAAGAAUCAACUAACUCUCAAUUUAACGUUUUUUUGCGCUUUUUGAAAGUUGAACGAAGUCAUCAAGACUAGGCGUAUCCGGUAGAAAUGAGCGUCAUUCUAAGCCAAACUAAUUGAUUUUUUGUGAUGAAAAGAGCUUGAGACUAAUAGCUUGGGUAUGAAAGGAGUUUUAUUCAUGAUUCAAGUUUUCAGAUACUCUAUGAAAAUACUGCAUAUAAGACAAAUUGUUGUGUGCAGAAAAGGCACGUUAAAUUUUGCAAUAAUCUUUCAGAUCUAAAUUAUAAUCAAUUAAUAAUCAAGCAUUGAAUUUAAAUUAUUCACUUCCUACCAAAUGUCAUUAGCUAAAAUGGUCAUAAAACCGAGUCGAAAUAAUAUACUGCGAUGUUUUUCACUAAUUAAUAGGCGAUGUGCUCGUAUUAAAACAUCAGGGUCAAAUCCUCAAUUAUCAUUUCCAUGUUUAGAUAAAUUAGAACGAAAGAAUACUGAACUCUCAAAAGGUAUUUUGAAACAAACUUCAUCAUUGGACACAGGUCCUGAACCAAAUUAUGGAUUUGUCAAAACUGGAUUUCAAUUGUAUAAAUCUAAAAAACCAAUAUUUUUAGAUUAUGGUGGUUUUCUACCAGAGUAUGAAAUAGCAUAUGAAUCAUGGGGAAAUUUAAAUGAAUCAAAAUCUAAUCUAAUAUUAAUUCAUACUGGAUUAUCAGCAUCAUCUCAUGCAAAAUCACAACCAAACAAUGCAAAGAAUGGUUGGUGGGAGAAUUUUAUUGGCUCAGGAAAAUAUCUAGAUACUGAUAAGUACUUUAUAGUUUGUACAAAUGUUUUAGGUGGUUGUUAUGGGUCAACUGGUCCAUCAUCAAUUGAUCCAGCUAAUAAUGAAAAUUACGCCACUCGAUUUCCUAUAAUUUCAAUUAAUGAUAUGGUUCGAGCUCAAAGAGAAUUGAUUAAGGAUGAAUUUGGUGUAACUAAAAUACAUGCUUCAAUUGGUGCAUCAAUGGGUGGAAUGCAAUCACUAGCUUAUGCUUGGGAAUUUCCAAAUGAAGUUGAAAAAAUUGUAUCAAUAAGUGGAUGUGCAAGAUCUCAUCCAUAUUCAAUUGCAAUGAGACAUACUCAAAGACAGGUUUUGAUGAGUGAUCCAAAUUGGAAUAGAGGAUUUUAUUAUAAUCUGAUUCCUCCACAUGUUGGAAUGAAAUUGGCUAGAGAAAUUGCAACAGUUACUUAUAGAUCAGGUCCAGAAUGGGAAUAUAGAUUUGGUAGAUCUAGGGCCGAUGAGUCAAAACCACCAGCUUUAUGUCCUGAUUUUUUGGUUGAAACUUACUUGGAUCAUGCAGGCGAAAAAUUUUGUUUAGAAUAUGAUGCAAACAGUUGGUUAUAUGUUUCAAAAGCAAUGGAUUUGUUUGAUUUAAGUUAUAGUAGUAGAUCAAAAGCUUUGAAAAUUAGAAAACAGACUGAAGAGAAAUUUUAUGGUAAGCAAAUUGAUUUAUCUGAUCAAAAAUUAUCAAUUCCAAAUGAACCAUAUGAAGAAAAAACUACGAAUUCAAAGCCAAGAGUUGAAGAAAGUUUAUCAGAUUUAAAAAAAGGAAUGCAAAAGUUAUCAAACAAAGAUGUUUUAGUUAUUGGAGUUGAAUCAGAUAUUUUAUUCCCUGUAUGGCAACAAAGAGAAAUUGCCGAUGUUUUAAGAGAAAAUAAUCAACAGGGAUUAAUUGAAUAUUUUGAAUUAGGAACUGAUGUUAGUAAUUAUGGUCAUGAUACGUUUUUAUUAAGUUUAGAUGAUAUUGGUAAACCAGUUAAAAAAUUUUUAGAUAUUUAUUAG